UAAACAAAACUAAAAACUUCCCCAUAUGACACACACACAAACAGAUCUCAAGCACUUUAUAGAUGCAGCUAUCUUUUUGGUUCUAAUAAGAGCAAAAAUUAAUUUUCAUAGAAGAGAAAAAAAGGCUCUGACUACAAAAAGUCUGAGCUGAGAUUUCUAUAUUUUCAUUUCCAUCAUUAGUUUUUCUUUGUCUCUAUCAAUUGGAAAUCUUUUUAACACUUUUGUCUUCACUGUCAACUGCUUCAGAUCCAUCAAGAAUAUUACUUCUUGGAAAUUUUGUUGAAUUGAGAAAUGGGGACAGGUUGGAGGAGAGCUUUUUGUACAACAAUCCCAAGAGAUAGAGAACCCCAUUUUGUUGAUAAACAUGCACAAGAUUCACAACAAGAAGUUAGCAAUGGUAGUGGACAACAACAAGUAGCAGCAAGUCCAAGUCCUAGUCCAAGGAGUUGUGCAAAGCUUGGUUUUUUGUCUAGUAGUAAUCCUUCUACACCUCGUUUGCGUUGUAAGACUAAUAGUAAAGCAUCAUCCAAUGAUAUUAAUAGUCUCAUUAGUCCUAGGCUCCAGUGCAAAACUACCCCAAAAUCCAACACUAAAAGCCCAAAAACUCUUCUUGGUUCUAAUCCAUCUUCUCCAAGAUCUCCCUUUUCCAUCCUCAAGAACACUCUGAGACUCUCCAAACAUAGCUGUGGAGUUUGUACACAGAGUGUGAAAUCAGGUCAAGGAAUGGCUAUAUAUACAGCAGAAUGUUCACAUACUUUCCAUUUCCCUUGCAUUGCUUCUCAUGUUAGAAAACAAAGCAAUUUAGUUUGUCCUGUUUGUAACUCUACAUGGAAAGAUGUUCCCCUUUUAGCCAUUCACAAACUUCAACAACAAAAAGAAGAUCAAAAACCCCAAAAACAAGAGCAACAAGAACAAGAUUCAUAUCCCAAUACCCCAUCAAAAAACCAAGAAAAGCCACUACCAAAUGUGAAGACUUAUUAUAAGCCCGAACAUUAUGAUUCCAAAGCUUAUAAUGAUGAUGAGCCACUUUUUACACCCACUGCUGGUGCUAAAUUUGUUCCAAUACCGGAAGCAAAUGAGGAUCAGGAACAAGAGGAGGAGGAAGAAGUUGAAGAAUUCCGUGGCUUUUUCGUUAACCCCAUUUCAAGUGAUGAAGUUGUCAAUAACAACCGAAGCGUUGAAGUCAGUUUAAUGCCUGAAGCUGCCAUUGUUUCAGUUGGAAGAACUCAUGAGACAUACGCUGUCGUAUUGAAAGUCAAAGCUCCACCACCGCCUCCGGCAGGGAAUGGUGCUAACGGGUCGGGUCAACGUGCCCCGAUUGAUUUGGUAACGGUCCUGGAUGUGAGUGGCAGUAUGAGUGGACCAAAAAUGCAAAUGUUGAAACGAGCCAUGAGAUUAGUUAUAUCUUCACUCGGCUCGGUUGAUCGGCUCUCAAUUGUGGCUUUUUCAGCUACGCCGAAAAGGUUACUGCCAUUGCGGAGAAUGACUCCCCAAGGGCAACGAUCGGCUCGGCGUAUAAUUGAUCGACUUGUUUGUAGCCAAGGGACUUGUGUUGGUGAAGCAUUGAGGAAAGCAACAAAGGUGCUCGAUGAAAGACGUGAAAGGAACCCAGUUGCAAGUAUUAUGCUGUUAUCGGACGGUCAGGACGAGAAGAUCCAGGGAAGUAAUGCGCAGAAUCGACGGUCGGAGUCGCCCCACGUGUCUUCGACCCGGUUUGGUCAUAUUGAAAUUCCGGUUCAUUCAUCCGGGUUUGGAAAAAAGGCCGGCUACGGCUAUAGCCAUGAGCCGGCUGAGGAGGACGCAUUUUCAAAAUGCGUAGGUGGUUUAUUGAGUGUUGUGGUUCAAGAUCUGAAAAUUCAGCUUGAUUUUUCAUCCGGUUCGGACCCGGCUGAGGUGGCAGCGGUUUACUCGUAUAAUGGUCGGCCAGCUGUACUCGGCUCGAGUUGUAUUCGGCUCGGAGAUCUUUAUGCGGAGGAAGAGAGGGAGUUAUUGUUAGAAGUGAAAGUCCCAACAAUGACUAAUGGGUCACACCAUGUGUUAUCCGUUAGAUGUUGUUUCAAGGACCCCGCGACACAAGAAGCAAUUUACGGAAUGGAACACUCAUUGUUGGUUCCGAGGCCUCAAGCCGUUCGAUCCUCGAUCCCAAAGAUCGAACGGCUUAGGAAUCUCUUCAUAACCACAAGAGCCAUCGCGGAGUCUAGGAGAUUAAUCGAGCAUAAUGAGCUAACUAGCGCAAUGCACUUAUUGUCAUCGGCUCGAGCAUUGUUGAUACAAUCCGGCUCGGCUUUUGUAGAUGAGUACGUUAGAGGGUUAGAAGCCGAGCUGACGGAAGUGCAAUGGAGGAAACAGUAUCAACAACAGAUCGAACAACAAAAAAUGAUCCAACGGCAGAGAAUGAACGAGAGAGAAAUGAGCAUGUUCGUAGACGAAAAUGGCGAGCCGUUAACGCCUACAUCGGCUUGGAGAGCAGCUGAGAAGCUAGCUAAAGUGGCUAUGAUGAAGAAGUCGAUGAAUAGAGUGAGUGAUUUGCACGGCUUCGAAAAUGCUAGAUUUUAAAUAAUCUUUUUUAUUUUGUAAUAAAUUGGUUAGAUUUUAAAGAAAGGCAAUGACUGGGGGAAGUGGCCCAUGGGCCAUGCAUAUAACAGUGACUGUUGAUCCGGACGGUCCGGCCCUUUCUGCAGAGUGUGACUCUUUGGACUUAGAGGCCCACUUAGCAUUGAUUGAUCUAAUGGGCCCACUUAGACUCUUUUGUCUAGUAUUCUAGCUUCUUUUUUUUUCUUUUUUCUUUUUUUUUAAUUAUUCGACUGAAACUUACUUGAAAGAGAUUGCUUUUGCCUUUUUGUAUUGAACAACGUUAGAGGACCUUUAUGUAAAUGCAAUUCUCAUGGAAAAUUUAAUUUUUAUGCAAUGCAUCUUUCUUUA